AAGAAAGCCAGACGAAGAUAAAGCCGAACGGGGAAAAUAAUAGAAUGUCAGGCUGUCCUACACGUGUUGAUGCAGUAACGAUUGAGUGUAACAAGGACACUUCUCAGACAAGUGAACGGAUUAAAUAAUCAUCACCCGUCCAUUGUCAUACACCUCUGUGUCUCCGUGGUUAUCGGACUUCUUAUGAACGCUAUGAAAUACAUCCUCGUUACCGGCGGUGUCAUUUCUGGCAUUGGUAAGGGCAUCAUUGCCAGCAGCGUGGGGACCAUCCUCAAGUCAUGCGGCCUUCAUGUCACAGCCAUCAAAAUCGACCCGUAUAUCAAUAUUGACGCUGGCACCUUUUCACCAUACGAACACGGUGAGGUGUUUGUCCUCGAUGAUGGUGGAGAGGUGGACCUCGAUUUGGGCAACUAUGAGCGUUUCCUGGACAUCCGUCUGACGAGAGACAACAACCUGACCACUGGCAAGAUCUACCAGUCGGUCAUCAACAAGGAGAGGAGGGGAGACUACUUGGGAAAGACGGUGCAAGUGGUCCCUCACAUCACAGAUGCCAUCCAGGAGUGGGUAAUGAACCAAGCCAAGGUCUCUGUGGACGACGACGGCGUGGAGCCUCAAGUUUGUGUCAUAGAGCUGGGGGGCACCGUGGGAGACAUUGAGAGCAUGCCCUUCAUCGAGGCCUUCAGACAGUUUCAGUUCAAGGUGAAAAAGGAGAACUUCUGCAAUAUCCACGUCAGCCUCGUACCUCAGCCCAACACUACAGGAGAGCAGAAGACUAAGCCAACCCAAAACAGCGUGAGGGAGCUGCGAGGUCUCGGCCUGUCUCCAGAUUUGGUUAUGUGCCGCUGUACAACGCCGUUAGAAACUGCAGUCAAGGAGAAGAUAUCCAUGUUUUGUCAUGUGGAGCCCACACAGGUGAUUUGUGUCCACGACGUGUCUUCGGUUUACAGAGUGCCUCUGCUGUUGGAGGAACAAGGCGUCGUCAGCUACUUCUGCCAGAGGUUGAACCUUCCUGUUGAGAUGAGGCCCAGGAGGAUGCUCUCCAAGUGGAAGGAGAUGGCCGAUAGAUCUGACCGUCUCCUGGAGCACGUUUCCAUCGCCCUAGUGGGCAAGUACACAAAGCUGUCAGACUCGUACACCUCCGUCAUCAAGGCCUUGGAGCACUCGUCCCUCGCCAUCAGUCACAAGCUGGAGGUCAAGUACAUAGACUCAGCUGACCUGGAGCCUGCGACUUUGCAGGAUGAGCCGGUGAAAUAUCACGAGGCCUGGCAAAAACUCUGCAGCGCCAAUGGCGUGUUGGUGCCAGGGGGUUUCGGAGUGAGGGGCACGGAAGGCAAGAUGCUGGCUAUAAACUGGGCAAGAAAACAGAAUAAGCCUUUCCUCGGUGUUUGUUUAGGCAUGCAGCUGGCUGUGUGCGAGUUCGCCCGCAAUGUUCUUGGCUGGGAAGAUGCUAACUCUACAGAGUUCAACCCAGAAUCUACACAUCCGGUGGUGAUUGACAUGCCAGAGCACAAUCCAGGACAGAUGGGUGGCACAAUGAGACUGGGAAAGAGGCGGACCAUCUUCAAAUCCCAAACGAGUGUCCUGAGAAAACUCUACGGAGAUGUGGACCAUGUUGAUGAGAGGCACCGGCACAGAUUUGAGGUGAACCCAGAGCUAAAGCACCACUUUGAAGAGAAGGGUCUUCAGUUCGUUGGCCAGGAUGUGGAGGGAGAGCGGAUGGAGAUCAUUCAGCUGGACGAUCAUUGCUACUUCGUCGGCGUGCAGUAUCAUCCCGAGUUUACCUCCAGGCCCAUCAAGCCUUCUCCGCCCUAUUUUGGCCUCCUGCUGGCCUCUGUUGGGAAACUCCAGAGCUACCUGGCCAAGGGAUGCCGCCUGUCUCCACGGGACACGUACAGCGACCGCAGCGAGAGCAGCUCUCCUGAGGUAGACAUCGCCGAGCUCAAGUUCCCCUCCUUGUCGUGAGGCUCGUGCUUCCUAAACGUCCUGAAACGGUGGGAGAAUAAGAAUGUGCCGCUCGAAAAGGAGUUCUCAGACUAAUGGGUAAAAAUCUGUGGAUUAUUUAUACUUUUUUCAUAUAUUCUGCCUUUUGGUGAAUGUACACAAUUCAAGGGAUGUCUCUUAAGAGGGGAAUUUGAACUGUUUUAUCUCGGUGGGGGGGUUCAAAGGCAACUUAUUCCUUAUUUAGCUUUAGUGGAACUUUAUAACAAAUGAAUUAUUUUUGCAAAAGUACCAGUGCAGGUUUGAAGAGUUCCUCUCUGAGUCUAUGCAGUCAUCCACGCUCCCUCCAUGCAGUUUUAAGUAUUUUAUUGCGUACAUGUCAACUCAUUGCCGGGUCUGUUGGUUUUACACCGACAUACUUUGUCCCCUUAACAUAAAUGGGCUUUUACGCUUGAAGGAAAGAAGUGUCUAUUCCUCCGUGUCAAGUCAUAGAAAACAUAUGUGCAAUUUUUUUGCAUUAUAAUAUACAGUAAAUACUAAGAUCAGUCACAUUUGCCUUGCUGGAAUAAA